ACCCACCCACACUCUCUCUUACAUUUCUUAAUCAAUCAUCAAGUUUUUUUCUUCUUAAACCAAAGGCAAAGAAACCCCACAAAGGUUAACAUAACAAAAAAAAAAAAAUUUAAAAAAAAUACUACUAAUAUUAUUACUACCAUUUUGUUCCAACAACAACCAGUCCUUCCAAGAAACCAGAAGAUUCCCAUAAAUAUAGCACUAAAGUUUCAAGACCCUCAUUUUUUUUUUAAUGAAAUUAAUAUAAUACCCUCAUCAUCAUCACCUUCAUAGCCACCCCUUUUUCUUUCCUUUCUUCUUAUCUCCAUUUCCAUUAUCCUUCAUUACAAGGUUAAAGAAAAAUAACAACAACAACAAAAAAAAAAAAGUGUCUUUUUCAUUGUUCAAACCCUAACCCUCACCUUUUUUUUUCAAGAAAAUUUGGUGAUUUUUCAUUGGAAAGAAGAAAUAGGCAAGGUGGGUAUUGCUCAAAUCUGCAAGAUUUGGCAAGUUUAAUGUACCCAAUGAAGCACAUUGACAAUAUCCCAUCAACCCCAGGAAAGUUCAAGAUGGAAAAGCCACCUUACAAUAGGCUAAGGAUACAUAUUUCCUUAGCUAAGCUGACAUUUUGGUCAUUUGUUUUCUUGGGUUUGAUCUUUGUGUUCUUUUACAGAUCCCCAGCUGCUUCCUCCUCCUCCCCUGUUUCUUCAGAUCUCUCAAGAAGAUCUUUAAGAACAAACUCCUAUGGUGGUCCAGCUUGGGAGAAAAGGAUUAAAGCUUCAGCUAAAGUAAGGUCAAGAAAUGGUAUAUCUGUAUUGGUUACUGGUGCUGCUGGAUUUGUUGGUACUCAUGUUUCAGUUGCUCUUAAACGUCGUGGUGAUGGUGUAUUAGGAUUGGAUAAUUUCAAUGAUUAUUAUGAUCCUUCGCUCAAAAGAGCGCGACAAGCGCUCUUAGAGCGAACGGGAGUGUAUGUUGUUGAGGGUGAUAUUAAUGAUGCCACCUUGUUAAAGAAACUAUUUGAUAUUGUUCAAUUUAGUCAUGUAAUGCAUUUAGCUGCACAAGCAGGUGUACGUUAUGCUAUGGAAAAUCCUGGUUCAUAUGUGCAUAGUAAUAUUGCUGGUCUUGUUAAUCUUCUUGAAAUUUGCAAAAGUGUUAAUCCUCAACCUGCUAUUGUAUGGGCAUCAUCUAGUUCCGUAUAUGGAUUGAAUUCUAAGGUACCCUUUUCGGAGAAAGAUAGGACAGAUCAGCCUGCUAGUCUUUAUGCUGCCACUAAAAAGGCCGGUGAGGAAAUUGCUCAUACAUAUAAUCAUAUAUACGGGCUUUCAUUAACUGGAUUGAGGUUUUUUACGGUGUAUGGACCGUGGGGUAGGCCAGAUAUGGCUUACUUCUUUUUCACAAGGGAUAUAUUGAAGGGAAAAUCGAUUCCUAUAUUCGAGGCUGCUAAUCAUGGGACGGUAGCUAGGGAUUUUACCUACAUUGAUGAUAUAGUGAAGGGAUGUUUGGCAGCAUUGGAUACCGCUGAGAAGAGCACGGGAAGUGGUGGGAAGAAGAAAGGCCCUGCUCAAUUGCGGGUGUUCAAUUUAGGAAACACAUCGCCUGUGCCUGUUUCGGAUCUUGUUAGCAUUUUGGAGAGGUUGCUAAAGGUGAAGGCUAAGAGAUUGGUGAUGAAGUUGCCAAGGAACGGGGAUGUGCAGUUUACUCACGCGAAUAUAAGUUCGGCCCACAAGGAGCUUGGAUAUAAGCCUACUACGGAUCUACAGACGGGGUUGAAGAAAUUUGUUCGAUGGUACAUCAAUUACUAUGGUAAUGGAAAGAAGAGUGUGCAGUGAUCGAUACAUUCUUUGGAUUCUUGUGCGGUAGGAUCAUUCAAUUCUUGUUCAUUUUGAUUCUAUGAUUGUUUUUUUUUAACACAUAUCCAAUCGCUGCCCCACUUUAUUGCUUUAUAAAUCUUGAUGAUGCCGUAUAUGGAGCACAUCAGAUCUCCCUGAUGAUGAGGUUUCGUGGUGGAUGCACAUUUGUGCAGGGCAAUUUGAUCUGUGUCAAAUGGAACCUGAAACCAACUUUUAUUACUUUUGGAAUGUAAUUGUUGUAGUUUUAUCAAUUUUAGGAUUCAGGACUGAUAGACCACUGCUGAUUGAUGGACAGCGGAUAAUGUAUCAUCUUUAUUAAGUUCUAAUAAAAUUAGCACAUUAUAGUUCCA